AUGCUAAGUUCAUUGUCGCCAAAAGAUUUCGAACUGUGUAACUUACAUAUAAAUCAACACACGUUUGUUCCGACAAAGGUGAUUUCCAUAUGCGAAGUCUGUGGACAACCCAUUACACCCUUUUUUGAUUCACUCAAAUGUUCCUCUUGUGGACUUUCAGUGCACUCCCAAUGUUCCCAAAAUUGUUAUUUGUUUUGUUAUCCGCACCUCAAAGAAAAGAAAGACGAACAAACGCCACAAGCAACGCCCCCACAAAUUUCGCCCCGAAGUGGCGAAGACUCUCCCACUUUAAUAUCGCCACGUGAGCAUUCUCACUCGUCUUCUGAUGGAAUUCUAGACGAUGGUUUUCCACUGCAAGACCAGGACAUACCAAUGCCACAGAACGUAACACAAAACAAUUGUGUUCAUUGUUUAGUAAAGAGUGUGCGUCGUCGAGCAACGCAUUGUGUUGUUUGUAGGGGUGUCAUAGUUGGUGCCUCCGUUUCCUGUAUUAAGUGUCGCAUCUGCAAGAUCUACAUGCACAAAACUUGUGCCACGGAGUUACAAAUGGGGUGUCGUCCAAUCUCUUUAGACUCACACGAGGACUUCCACUGGUUUGUCCCAGGGAAUCGAAACACUGGCCUCAUCGGAAAAGAAAAUUGCUUUGUCUGCCAGAAAGCAGUUGGCAGUGCAACGUGUUUAGUCGAUUUCAGAUGUGCUUAUUGUGGGAUGGUGGUGCAUUCUAAUUGCAUCCCAAAUGCUCCACUCAAGUGUUAUCACGGCAAGUUCGGGAAGUUUAUCGUCACUCCAAAUCUCACCACAUUCGAUGACGACAAAAAGUGUUUUGUGGCGCUGACCACCAAAUUUUCGACUUUGUCGAAAAUUGAGAAAGUCGAAAAAAGUCAAUCGAAAAUUGAAAAAGUCGAAAAUUCACCCGGUGAGCGCAAUUGGCUUGGCGAGAGUUUUGAGAAGACGCCGAUCAUCUUUUUUGUCAACAAAAAGUCUGGGAAUCAUCUUGGUGUGAAGAUCCUUCAAAUGGCGGAAGUACUGUUUUCAGUGCCACAAGUCUGUGACAUUUCCGACGAGGGUUCUUUUGCACAUACAUUUGAGUAUAUAGCGUCAUAUAAGUCAAAUUUUAUAGCAGCCCUUUGUGGAGGGGAUGGGACUAUUACUUGGGUCUUAGAUGAGUUCUUACGCCACGAAUUACACCCGAAGUGUUUUAUUAUACCUCUUGGGACGGGGAAUAGUUUGUCGAGGUGUACGGGAUGGGGUACGGGGUAUGAUGGUGGAAGUCUUUAUUCGAUAGUGAAAGACGUCCAGAGUGCGUUGAAUAAAGAACUUGACCGAUGGAAGCUUUCGAUACGAUUUAAUAGUGGGGAAGAGAGGAAUAUCUCAUUUAAUAAUUAUUAUAGUAUUGGACUGGACGCAGGGAUCCGACUUGAUUUUCAUCAAAGGAGAGAGGCGAACCCAGAUACUUUUAAUUCGAGGAAUAUGAAUAAAGUGCAAUAUGCUCUGAGUUUACCGAGAGUUUGUAUGAAGAAUGAAGAUGGGAAUAUUGAUCAAGUGGUUGUACUCCAAGUGGAUGGGAAAGAAAUCAAACUGCCAUCUAUUGAAGCACUGAUAUUUAUUAAUUUGCCCAUUUAUGGGGGAGGAAUUGUGUUCUAUGAUGAAGUGACAAAGAAUGAAGCAAUGAUGGGAUUUAAAGACUCGGACUUUAGCGACGGGUUGAUUGAAAUAGUCGGAAUUCCUUCAGUCGUCGACUUCCACUUGACCGUCGUAGGACUCACAAAACCGAUAAAAAUAGCACAAGGAAAGAAAAUUGAGAUCAUCUUGAAAGAAAGAAGAGCCGCUCAAUGCGAUGGAGAACCAUUUGCUAUGGAACCUUGUACUAUUGCAUUACAACUUGUCGAUAAGGCGAAUAUGUUGGUUAAAAAGUGUAACUAA